CACCUGCCCGAUCGGGUUCUCGGCUCACGUGACUCCACAAAAGAGCGGGAGGAAAUGGGUCAGGCCCCCCUUACGUAACCCGCAUUCACCUCGAAUUGCGGACCAGACGCGAACGUCUUUUUCCUUCUCGCUCCUGUCUACCCUGUGAUAUCGUAACAGUCGACACAGGACGGCGACACUGCAAUCAUGAAGCUCCCGAAGCUGUUCGCGCUCGCAGCGCUCGCAGGUGCCGUCACCGCGUCACCAACCGUUCACCCUGCAGACCUAAACGUCACAAUCCAAGGCCUGAUGCGCAACGGCAUCGAAGUCUUCCUAGGAAUCCCCUACGCCGAGGACACCAGCGGAGCAAACCGGUUCAAGCCGCCAGUGCCUUACGUCCCGCCGCCAGGUGCUACCAUUGACGCGACCAAAGCCGGCCCAGCAUGUCCGCAAAUGCACGGCAUGUGGAACGCGCCGCUCACGCUGAGCAACAUCAGCGACACUUCCGAAGACUGUCUGAACCUCAACAUUGCGCGGCCAAGCGGCCUCGGUGAGACCAAGAAACUACCUGUUAUGGUGUGGAUUCAUGGCGGAAGCUUCUGGGUGGGGUCGAACACCGAGCCUACGCAUCAGCCGGAUGGGCUCGUGCUCGAAUCUAUCGAUAGCGGGUUUCCUGUGAUCCAUGUGGCUAUGAACUACCGGCUCGGAUUCUUCGGGUUCGCGCAGUCAGAGGCCCUGGAGAAGGAGAAGAGUGAGAACGCAGGGCUCCGCGAUCAACGACUGGCUAUUGAAUGGGUCCGCGACCAUAUCGCGGAGUUUGGCGGCGACCCGAACAGGAUCACGAUCUUUGGCCAGUCGUCCGGUGGGCUUGCGGUCGGCAUGCAGUUGCUCGCCUACGGGGGCACCAAGCCUCUCCCUUUCAAGCAGGGUAUCUGCGAGUCGCAGGCGCUGGAGCCCGGGAUCACGGGGAACUUUAGCAUCGAUGCUAUGACCAAGGUGGUUGACUACGUUGGCUGCAACAGCACCAGCGGUUCAGUCCACUCGCCCGAGGUGAUCACCUGUCUGCGGCUGAAAGAUACGGAGACGCUGCGGCAAGCAAUGCUGGAGACAUACGUCGGCGACAUCGCGCACAACAUCGGGGACAUCUGGCUCCCGGUCGUGGACGGCGAUUUCCUACCCGCAGCCCCCUCUCAGCUCAUCGCGGAAGGCCGGUUCGGAGACGCAACCUACAUCAUGGGCUGGACGCAAGGCGACGUGAAUUUCUUCACCAACAUCAGCAUCACCACCGCCAGAGACACGUUCAACUUCAUCCAGGGCUACCUCCCCGAGAUGCCGGCCGACAAAGUCUGGAUGCUCCUCGGCCUAUACCCCGUCAGCGAAUUCACACCGCCGCCAGGCACAAACCUCACCGCCGAAUUCUACCGCGCCGCCCGCAUCUUCCGCGACAUCCUCAUGGUGUGCGAGCCCAUCUUGCUCGCUGAAGGGAUCCGCGCCCACAAGGACUCGCCUGUCUACCUGUACAACUGGAACCAAACGAUCCUCGAUCCCAUCCUCGAAGCCGUGUACAACGUCAGCGGCAUGGGCGUCGUGCACACCUCGGAAUUCGCCUACAUCUACGGCAACCUCUCGCAUUACAACGUCUCGGGCUAUCCGUUCAACCCCACGCAGGAAGACUACGACCUGCGGGAUCGCGCGAGCGCAAGCUGGUCCGUCUUUCCGUGGUUUGGGAGUCCGUGGUUGCAGACGGGUAACACGACGCUGCAGGGCUGGAAUAAGGCGCUUUUCCAGACGCAUAAUGACACCGCCUGGCUGGGCCCAUUUCCGGGAUAUACAUACGUGAUGACGAUUGGCGGACCGCGCGAAGGGUACUUUGCGCUCGAUGGGCCGGAUAGUAUUCCGGAGGUUAGCGAGCAGAGGUUGAGGGAAAGGUGCACCUUCAUCAAUGAUCCGAAUAUCGUCCAGUAUCUGCAGUACUAGGCGUUGCCAUGGGGUUGUAACCUGGUUUCUUUCUUGAAAACUUCCGGUGUUUGGCUCGACGGCGAGGAUCGGGGCGCCCCCAUCGAGCAGAGGUUCCCUCUGCUAGCAAAUGGCGGGCUUGAGUGAGAACGGAGGGUAUGAGCCUUCUGUGAUACCGGGAUCGAGGGCGGAUGCUCCUACUCCGUUAGUAUAUGACUCAAAAAGUC